GAAAAGUGAGGUGUCAGUGGAAUUUUCCUCACAUGGAUAGCACGAUGGCUUCCCUCGAUAAUUUGAGAAAUUAUUCACAUUGUCCGCCGAAGAAGCGACCUCUAUCGUUCUACAGCGCACAGGAUGAUGAUGGUGCUGACGACCAGCCUCAAGACCUAAGUGUGAAGCGACGAAGGCACCGCGAUGACGAGGUGGCUCGAGUUUCCAGCCCGCCCACUUACACGCCGCCCACGCCGCCCAAGCCGCCCACGCCACCUCCACCCAGGCAGUCCCCCGCCAGCCCUCCACGCCUGCCCUCACUGGCAGACUUCUACCUGAAGCUGUUUCAAACGACGGCUGUUCAGCAACAACAGCAGAGUGAAUGGUGGAGAGGAUCAGUAAUGUGGCCGCUCAUGCACUCUGCCACCCACUCUCCCCUCACCGCCCACUCGCCCCUGGCCGCCCACCCUGUGUUGGCCGCCCGCUUGGCCUCGCCACAGCCCUCUGAGGAGCGCUUGGCCUCCCCUCGUUCCACAGCUUCGGAGGACUCUGGCGUCGGCACAGAGUCUCUGAGUGAGGACGAGAUCGAGAUUGAUGUCACUAGUGAUAGCGAGACUUACAGCAGGACUUCCUUCGACGCCAUCCACGACUCCGCGGGUGGGCGUGGCGAGGCGCGGUACUCGUGCGCAGAGUGCAGUAAGUCGUACUCAACGUACUCUGGCCUGAGCAAGCACAAACAGUUCCACUGCGCAGCGCUGGGUGCCAAGUCGUUUGCGUGCAAGCACUGCGAGAAAGUGUACACGAGUCUGGGCGCACUCAAGAUGCACAUCCGCACGCACACGCUGCCGUGCAAGUGUCAGCUGUGUGGCAAGGCCUUCUCGCGGCCGUGGCUGCUGCAGGGCCACAUCAGGACCCACACCGGGGAGAAACCCUUCCAGUGCCCGCAGUGUGACCGGUGCUUCGCUGACCGCAGCAACCUGCGGGCCCACCUUCAGACCCACGCUGACGUUAAGAAGUACGCAUGCGUCACCUGCCACAAGACCUUCUCCAGAAUGUCUCUCCUCAACAAGCACACCGAGGCCGCCUGCCCAGCCAGACCCCACCAGGAGCAGCACUCCCCCGCAGCUGAACCCCACCAGGAGCAGCACUCCCCCGCAGCAGGACACUUCCUCCACCAGCACCUCCCCGCAGCACCCCAGUGAGCUCCCUGAUGUGAGGAAGCAGAAUGCUGACAACCAAACAGGCAUCCGAAUCACAAACAAGCAGUCACACCCCAAGCAAGCAACCCAGCCUCAAGCAAUGCAGCCACACCCCAAUCAGCGCCAUAUGAACAAUCAUCACAUCAAAUGUACAAACGGAAAAACGAGGCGGGGCCGCAAGACGGCCCUCAAAAGGAGCACCUCCCCGCUUGGCUUUUUUACCCAGUGAGUCACAAGCUUCAAGAAGCAAAGAAGAGUAGGGCGUGGCUGCCGGACCCCACCCUACGACCCCACCCUACGACCCCACUAAGCUGGCAAAUAAGACCCCACCAGCAUCUAGUCACAUACACGCACACUAAUGUAU